AUGUCGACCGCAGUUGCGCCUGCUUCGUCAACGCCGUUACCUCUCGACCGAGACAACAGUCCCAAGAAUUAUCCCACGUUGGCUCCUCACACCUCACAUACGCCUGUCGAACGACACCCAGAGCUCACCCGCACUCCAAGUCAUACAUCGAUUUCGCCCAAUGACCGGAACACUCAGCUCACCCCGCCGGAAGGCAAACGCUCUCCCAAAUCAUCUCGAAGUGGAGGUGCCCCCAAGAUCAUCGUCAAGAAGGAACCACAAACAUCUCCCUCAAUGAACUCGGCCAAUUCGGCGGGUUCAGCAAAUUCAAGACAUCGACCACGAAAACUUGACCUCUCCACAAACGUGCCGGUGCCUCCCGGAUUGAGCUCACGUCCGUCAGCUGGGCCUCUGACGGGAAGAGAUGGUUUAGUCAUGCAAGAUGUCGGUCUGGCUUGCUUGUCUCCUGGAUUCCAGACUCAGGAUCCUACUUUACGAGAGCAGCUUCAAAGAAGUAUUUCUGUUCGAGAUCAACAACGUUCUAUCAUCGAAGCUCGCCUGUUGAAGACGGCCAAAGGAGACGGCCCGGAUGGUACCAAACCGUCGGAGUCUAACAUCUUUGGCAAUGGUCCUCCCACCAGUUCAAAAAAACGGCCACCGCCAGGACUGUCCAUAGUCCCACCGUCGGCGGAACAAUUUGCGAACGAACGUGUUAUCCAAUCUGCACCCCUUAACCAGACUUUCACCGGCAGACAUCAGCCCAACCCCAUGACCAGGCAUAUCGCAAAUCAACCUUCCAAUCUAUCUCACACAAGUCACAUUCAUCACGUGCCAGCCAUGCAGACCAAUAACCGCCUACCGCCGAUCUCAGAUGUCUUUGGUUCGGACACCCUCGCUCCGAACAACAGGCAAGGCCAGCAUCCAGCGAAUUCAGCAUCAAACUCGUCACACUCGAGCAAUCGACCACCCUUCCCGUCGCCUGGCAUUGUCCCUCACACCGCCCAUCCUAGUAAUGCUCCGUCUCGACCACGAGAAUUUCGUUCUGCGGAAGAAGCCGUACACGAGAUGACGGGCGGACGUGAAGAACUUCUGCCCCGCAUCGUCCAUUACGGUGGCCAUCAACCACCCACGCCCCCUUCUCCACCCAAUGCAAGUGGCUCCUCGACUUACAAGCACGGCCAACAGCAAAUGCCAGGUUCCGAGAGCGGCCGGCCUGGUCCGACGAGCCGUCGAAGAAGCAGAGUGGAAUACGAAGGUGACAGCAGUCCGCCCUUGGGCGCUGGCCGAGAAAAGGUACCAUACGGACCUUUUGGUGCUGGACGGGACAGCCCGGAAACCAGCCGGAGGAAGAAGGAAGAAUUUCUGGGUCUCUGCUCCAGAGCUUGGGACCUAUUUCACAACUAA